UCCAAACUCUGUACUUUGUUUAUGUUUACAGUUUGAAAGCUACAGAUUUUUUGCAUUAACCUGUUUUUAUAUUGCUCCUUGAAGUAAUGACAUUAAUUUAUGGACUUCAUAUUACUUAAUUUGAAGUAUCUGAUAAGGUUGCUUAAAAUUUAAAGAUAAAACAGACAGAUGUCUUAUCAACAAAUUUUCUCAAAUUUAAGUACUAAUAUAACAUUCAUAAUCAAAUUCAUUUAGAGACCUAAGCUGAACUGCUUUGGACAUCUGAACUCAAGAUGUACAAGUUUUGUAUUUGUAUCAGUCUAAUUGCACUCCUAACAAAUAAUGGAGCUAUUGCAAGUGAUGUGGAACUUACGAUUAAGGAUCUUAUUAAGCGUAUGGAUGCUAAAGAUGCAGUCAUUGAAAUACUUGUUGAAAAAAUUGAGCACCUUGAAGGAGAAAUAACAAAACAGCAAGAAGUCAAUGCUAAGCAAGCCAAAACAAACCAGGACUUGACCAAGAAGAUCCAAGAACUCUAUAAAGAAUUAGAAGACACUGUAACUGAGGAACAGUUUGAUGUAACGGAUGAACGGCAUGAGGUUAAAGUUUCAAAAACUAAAAACAAUGAUCUUGAAGUUAAAAUCAGAUACUCUGAAGGUGACAACAAAAGAAACGACAAUGCUUCAACAAAUCUAAAAGCCAACCGUGACAAACGCCAUGCUAACACAAAUGCUGUAGCAUUCUUUGCAAAACUUACUAACCACUUGACCAAUCUGGGUGUCGGUCAAGAUGUGGUAUUUGAUGAUGUGACCACAAAUAUCGGACAAGCUUACAACAGCCAUCAUGGUGUUUUCAUUGCCCCAACACCUGGCAUCUAUGUCUUUUCUGCAACAUUGCUUAAAGCUUACCAAGCAAACACAAUUGAUCACUUUAUAUGGGCUAAAAAUGGACAAGUCGUAUGUCGUUUAUACUCCAACACAGAUCCCUCCGGCAGUACUAUUGUAGUUGAACUUCAACAAGGUGAUGACAUCUCGAUUCAGAACGUUGAUUCUUUAAACAAACUACAUGGAAGUGGCUAUUCAUUCAUCUCCGGGUUCCUUCUCAAGGAAACUGAGCCUUCCCCAGUAGUUGGAUAAACUGGACAGCAGGAGAUGAUUCCAAAGAAAAGAAAAUUCUUCUAAGAAACUGUUGUGUUCUUAAGAAAAUUUGUAAAAUGAACCACAAAUAUA